AUGAACAACCAAUACUACUACGCUCACCCAGACAUCCGGGUUGAGGCAUCCACACCAUCGCCAUUGCCACCGCCUUACGACGCGCGCCAGGACUCGGUUGCAUUUGGCAACGGGCCGGUGUUCAACGGGUACGACGACUGGCAGCAGAUGUACACGUCGGGCAUGGGAGUGCCUGCGACAUCGACUCAACGCCCGUUGAAAAGAGCAAGGACGCACCAGAGAACGCCCUCCGCCAGUACCGUCGCAUCCACAGGCCCGGCAUCACCAUAUACCGCAAACUCGCUAUACCCGCAAAUAGCGAACACCGAUUACUCUCCCAGCUCGCCAGGGCAGGCAGCCUACGCUGACCAACCGCUCUACCCGAAGAACCUGCCCACACCGUCGCAGACGCCUACCGAGAGUUCUUUUUAUAACUACUACGUCCCGAGCCAGGCUGCGCACACGCCCAACGCGCACCUGGCUAUGAAAGGGUUUGCCAUCGAUCACCACAUCACAGACGACAUUCCACAAGAAUUCUACCAUUCCUCCAGGCAUUCAAUGGCGAGUCGCGGCAACAACUCCCCCUCGACGCCACGAUCUGGUGCUGGAGAGGGUUAUGAUGCGAGAGGUUACAACCAAAGCGGAGACUUCAGAAAUCCGAACCCGAGCGUGCAGUUCUACCGCACGGAGUCGCAAGCAUACCAAGAUGAGCUGUACAAUCCUUCCGCGAACUACACAUCCGUCCCGGCCGCUGCACCCACACACAAUAACGUCGACCUCCUCACACCUCACCGAAAUUUAGUCAGCGAGCGAUUACAGACUGCGAACCUUGCCCGGUCCGCUUCGCCGUCCUCUGCGAUCUCUCGUGAGCGAUCACCGUUCAGAGAUGGCUCACCUCUGGCGCCAUCCGGAGCUGACUGGAACCCGGCGGCGCAGUCUGUAGGCACAGCCGCAAGUAUGCGACAGCAGCAGAGGGCAGAAGCCGCCAAGGCAGAGUAUGAUUACCACCACGUACCGCCCACACUCAACCGAGAGCCAACCAAGACGAUUUCGCCAAAGGAUGCAGUCUUGGAGUACACCGAUGGCGAGCAGUCGUCUCUAUUCCAGGACAACAUACCCGGAGGCUACAGGCCGUACACCGGCAGCAACGAGACGUGGCAACCCGAUUAUAGCAGCCAACCAGCCUCUUCGUUUGGUAACCUGGUGGCAAAUGGUCCGAACACCCUGAUGCCUCCUUUCCGGGCCAACUCAUCUGAGGGCAACGCGGAGGCGAACUUCAGCUUCACUCAGCAGUUGCCACCCACCCUCCAGCAACAGUCUUCUCAAGUACAAGGCACUCAGUACCAGAACAACUCCUACGUGGCACCCAAGAUGAAUUAUACGGAUACCAACCCGGAGUUUCCGGCGCAGCUGACCUCGAUGGAGUCGUCGGUAAGCGAAGGUGGCCCGCCCGUCUCGUCUCAGGAGAGCUAUAAUCAGACUUCGAUGCCACACCGGCCUUCAGACACUCGUGCUCACACUGGGACUUACACUUGCACCUACCAUGGCUGUACUCAGCGCUUCGAGUCUCACAAUAGCCUGCAGAAGCACAAGCGAGACACCCAUCGGUCUCAGCCACGGGAGCCUACGUCAGACGACAACUCGGAGCCAUCCAACUCGCCGCGCUCGACUGAGUCACCAACGCCUUCGACAGCAGGCAUGACCUCCGCCGCCAUCCAAGCACGCAACUCGCAGGCCGGACCACACAAGUGCACGCGCAUCAACCCUUCGACCAACAAGCCUUGCAACACGAUCUUUUCGCGGCCAUAUGACCUCACGCGGCACGAGGACACCAUACACAACAACCGCAAGAUGAAGGUCAGGUGCCCGCUGUGUCGGGAAGAGAAGACAUUCUCCCGCAACGAUGCGCUGACGCGACACAUGCGCGUCGUCCAUCCGGAAGUUGAGUCGUAUGGCAAGCGCGGACGCCGUGGUGACUGA